AUGCAAGACAUAUUCGGAUCAGUUCGUCGAUCACUGGUGUUCCGUACAGCAUCAGACACCGAAGAGUCCCCAGUAACCCUAGUGGACAAGAUCAAUUCCUGCAUUCGAAAAUCCAGAGUCUUCUCAAAACCCUCGCCGCCAUUGCCUUCAAUGCCCAAAGACAAUGCCCCUCCGAUCCGAUGGCGCAAGGGCGAGUUGAUCGGUUGCGGUGCCUUUGGCCGUGUCUACAUGGGGAUGAAUCUUGGUUCUGGAGAGCUUCUUGCUGUUAAACAGGUUCUUAUUGCAGCAAAUAGUGCUUCAAAGGAGAAAACACAGGCUCACAUGAAGGAGCUUGAGGAAGAAGUGAAGCUUCUAAAAAAUCUGUCCCAUCCAAACAUUGUGAGAUAUUUAGGUACAGUGAGGGAGGAGGAAACCUUGAAUAUUCUGUUGGAAUUUGUCCCUGGUGGGUCCAUAUCAUCGCUUCUGGGGAAAUUUGGAUCUUUCCCUGAGGCCGUAAUAAGAACAUACACCAAGCAGUUGUUACUGGGACUAGAAUAUUUGCAUAAAAAUGGAAUCAUGCACAGGGACAUUAAGGGAGCAAAUAUCCUUGUUGAUAAUAAAGGAUGCAUUAAACUUGCAGAUUUUGGGGCAUCCAAACAGGUCGUUGAGCUGGCAACUAUUUCUGGUGCUAAGUCUAUGAAGGGUACACCAUACUGGAUGGCUCCUGAAGUUAUUCUUCAGACUGGUCAUAGCUUCUCUGCUGAUAUAUGGAGUGUUGGAUGUACUGUGAUUGAGAUGGCAACAGGAAAGCCUCCUUGGAGCCAACAGUACCAAGAGGUUGCUGCUCUCUUCCAUAUAGGGACAACAAAGUCUCAUCCACCAAUCCCUGAGCAUCUUUCCUUUGAGGCAAAAGAUUUUUUGCUAAAAUGCCUGCAAAAGGAACCAAAUUUGAGGCCAGUGGCGUCUGAGUUGCUUCAGCAUCCAUUUGUAACUGGGCAACAUAUGGAACCUCAUCCUGUUUUUCGUAAUUCUGUCAUGGUAGAAUCUGAAGUCCCAUCUCCAUCAUAUUCUACAAACCUACACAUCUUCGAGAUGUCAACCUGCCCUGAUUCAGAUGAUAUGUGUAAUUUGGGUAGUUUGCAACACUCAACUAUACAUCCUAACAAGUUGUUGGGAAGUAGAAAUGUUUGGGGAAGAAACAGCAGUGAUGAUGAUAUGUGUCAGAUUGAUGACAAAGACGGUACUAUGGUGGGCAAAGCAAAGCUCGGUUCUUCUUUGAUGCCCGACAACCUUAAGAGCUUUAACCCAAUGUGCGAGCCCACUGAUGAGUUGGGGUGCAAAUUUGGUGGAAGUUCAGAAACAGAACAAAAUGGAAUGAAUCUGGAUACAAAUCACCAAAUGGAUUUUCCUGCCAGCCGUUCUGGAACUAUUGGAGAGGGAGAAAAAGACUUUUUAUUUCCUUGCGGAACAUCACUUGCAGAGGAGGAUGAUGAACUUACUGAAUUAAAAAUUACGGCUUUUUUGGAUGAGAAGGCUCUAGAACUGAAAAAACUGCAAACACCAUUAUAUGAAGAGUUCUACAACAGCCUGAAUGUAGUGUGCUCUCCAAAUUUUUUGGAUAACUCGCCUGAUGAAACCACCUCAAGGUACUUGAAAUUACCUCCCAAAAGCAGAUCGCCUAGUCGGGGUCCAAUUGGUACCCCAUCUGCAGUAGCUGAUGCUCUUAGUUCUGGAAGCCCUGGGAGUAAUGGCAGGCGUGUAUCAAAUAUUGGCAAUGGAAAUGAUCAAACUGCACAGGACAUGCCGUCACCUCCACUCAGUAAUUUGAAAGGUCUUGUAGUUGAUGGACAGCAAGAGCCAGGUAGUCCAAGUAUGAGCUUCUCUGAGAGAGAGAGGAAGUGGAAAGAAGAGCUUGAUCAAGAGCUCGAGAGAAAGCGAGAGAUGAUGCGGCAAGCAGGUGUAGGAGGGAAAUCAUCAUCUCCAAAGGAUCGAGCUUUAAAUAGGCAGAGAGAGCGAACUAGGUUUGCAUCUCCAGGCAAAUGA